AUGGGACGACAGACGCUCACACUCAGGGCCGACAUCAAAGAAACUGGAGUGAUGGCCGGCCGACGAAGAGGCGCGGCGGCCGAACGAACGAAGAACGAAAGGAGCCGGCGUCUUAGAAUCGAUAGACACGACGGGUUUCAGCAGCAGCAGCCGCCCGAAACAUCCGACUCACCCAGACAGGCACACACACACACACACACACAGACGUCCUUCUUUCCGAUAACAGCUAGGAGUAAUCUUUGGUUGUAUUCAACACGUCGUGAUGACGAACUUCAUGGACGACAUGGAAUUGCAAGAAGCGUAGAGAACAAAAAUCCGGGCUACAAUAAAGAGAUGCUCGGAGUUUAG